AUGUCUACAUUGACUUUGACCGACCUUGGCUCGUUACUCACCAAAGUCGGCGUGUAUGAUUUCCAGUCACUUUGCGCGCACUUUCCCAACGCCCACCCUCAGAGUCGGCCAACCGAUAUAUACCGCCUUCUCCUCACCAAUAUUUUAGCCAACUUGACAGGAUGUGAUGCCACCCUUAUUUAUGAGUCCAUCCAGCUACCAAACACCCUGCCCAACGGGGACCUGGUACUUCCUGUGCCUCGAUUGCGACUAAAAGGUCCAAAACCAAACGUUCACGCCGUCGAGCUGGCCGCGUCUUUCCCAGAAAACCAACCGUUAUUCCAACACCCAACAGCAAGUGGCAUCCAUCUUCCCUUCUUCUUCACUCCGAAAUCCCUGUCACACCUCGUCCUGCCUUACCUUUUUGAGAGGCAUGAGGCGUAUGGGCGUGACUUGACUAUGGGCCUUGAUUCUUCUGCCCCAACAGAGAGACGAAAGAAAAUCAUCAUUGAGUUCUCCUCACCCAACAUCGCCAAGGAAUUCCACGCUGGCCAUUUGCGAAGCACGAUUAUCGGCGCAUACAUUGCCAACUUGUAUGAAAGCAUGGGCUGGGACGUCACCAAGGUCAACUACCUAGGGGAUUGGGGCAAACAGUUUGGCCUGCUUGCUGUCGGCUGGGAGCGCUUUGGCUCCGAACAGCUGCUGGCCCAAGAGCCACUGAAGCACUUGCUCGACGUGUACGCCCGAAUCAACGCCUUGUUCAAGCCAGAGGAAGAGGAGAGCAACAAAGCCCGCGCCGAGGGCCGCGAUACGUCCGAAAUCGAAUCUAGAGGCCUCUACGCCCAGCGAAACGCCUAUUUUCGCCGUAUGGAGACAGGGGAUACAGACGCCAUUGCACUCUGGCAGCGAUUUAGGGAUAUAAGCAUCGACAGAUAUAUCGAAACAUAUGCACGUCUGAGCAUUGACUUUGACGAAUAUUCUGGCGAGUCUCAAGUCAAGAGUACUACAGUGGACGCGGUUGAGAGCUCACUAAAGGGAAAAGGUGUCUACAAGGAGCACGACGGCUCAUGGAUCAUUGACUUUGAAGAAUACGGGUUCAAGGGCUUAGGGACGGCUGUCGUCCGUGGACGCACAGGAAGCACCACCUAUCUUCUGCGGGAUGUGGCAGCGAUUCUUGAGCGAGAAGUCAAGUAUAAUUUUGACAAGAUGAUAUACGUCGUCUCCUGCGAGCAAGAUCUGUACUUUAAGCGUGUUUUCAGAACAUUGGAACUCAUGGGUCGCUCUGACUUGGCUGGUCGACUGCAACACGUAAAUUUUGGCAAGGUAUUGGGCAUGUCUUCUCGAUUAGGCAAUGUUCAACUCCUUGGUGACAUACUUGACCAGUCUAGGGACGCCAUGCAUGACGUUAUGCGUCGAAACACUACAAAGUAUGCCCAGGUGGAGGACCCUGAAGCAGUGGCCGAGUCUGUUGGCAUAUCCGCCGUCAUGGUCCAAGACAUGUCCGGCAAGCGUAUCAACAACUACCCUUUCGACAUCACCCGCAUGACUUCCUUUGAAGGAGACACUGGUCCGUACCUGCAGUAUAGCCAUGCUCGCGUCAACUCGAUUCUUCGCAAGGCCGGCCUCACGCGUCAAGAGGUUGCGGAGCAUUGCCUUCGCCAUCCGACGUCGCUGGAGGAGCAAUUUUCGGACACACCACACUGCGUCAACUUACUCCGUCUGAUUGCUCAGUACCCGGACGUGACCGCCGCUGCACUGCGCAACCUGGAGCCUUCAACCAUAUUAACAUAUCUCUUCCGGCUGACACAUCAACUUUCGUCUUGCUAUGACGUCGUACAAGUUACUGGCACCAAUGAAGGCCGCGAUGUGAUGCUUAGUCGGGCUGGCCUUUAUGAAGGUGCACGUCAGGUCUUGGAAAAUGGAAUGAGACUGCUAGAUCUUACGCCAGUUGAUAGGCACGUCCCACGCAACAGCAUUGGUUCCCUUGCGUUCAUUUAA